CGCUCUCAAUUCUCUUCUUCUCUCAAUCUUACUCAUCUCCUCUCUCUCUCUCCAAUUUACCCGCCAAAAAGUUCCCUGAAUUUUUAUAUUUUAACCUCUCCAACUUUUUUAAAUUUCCAAAUUCCCCCCUUUCUAAUCUUUGUCUUUCCCCUCUCCUUCUUUCUCUCUCUCUCUCGCGGUCGGGUUCAGGUCUCUUCAGAGAAAGCGACGCCUUUUUUGUGGGUUAGUAUAACUUUUGAUGGAGGCGGAAGUGGCUGUGGAGCAAAACGCAGCGUUCGAGUCUUCUCCGGGGGUAGGCGAGAAGAGGGUGGUCGAAAACGGCGCUGUUUCCGUAUCUAAGAAGCAGCGAUGCGGUGGGGGAUUGAAGAGAGUGGCGGAGAUAGUGCUGGUGCUGUCGGCGAUGGGGAAGAUGAGGGGCGGAGGUAGGAAUCCGACGGCGGCGGAGACGGCUUUGAUGGCGGAGGCGCGUGAGUCGUUGGCGGAGAUGUGCGGAGAGAUGUCGCCGAAGGAUAUUGUCGGGGGGGAGGCGAUUGGGAAUGUGAUUGAAGAGUUGGGGCUGGCGAGAUUCAGUGAGCAGAGGUUAGGGUUUAAGGCUACAAGAAUGUCGAUUUCUGAGAAGAUUUCAUUUGCUAAAAAGAAGAUGGAAGAUCCCAAGAAACUUCUUGGACCUCUAGUUACAUAUUCAUCUCAGUCAUUGCAAACAAAUGUUGGUGGAUCAGCUGAAACCCGUGGGGCAUCGCAUACUGUUCGCAUUUUGCCAUCAGAUCGACCAAUUCAUGCAACGGUAUCUUCUGGAGGCUUCCCAGUUUCUUCGCCCCCUGCUUAUGUUACAGCAGCAGGUUCAACUCCCUUACCACAUCAGUUGUCCACCAGCGAUGUGAAAAUGUCGACAAUGUCCACUGGACUGCCAAGUGGUCAUCUAGGAAGGGACUCAUCUUCAUUUGCACAUCCCAGGGUUGAAAGACCACAAACCAAGUUGGAUGGAGGAUCAAAUGUGCCUUCUUAUGUCUCCCAAGUACCAGCUAAUUCUUCGGCAAACCAUCCACUUGUGAAUGCUCCAACUUGGUCUAUACAGGCUCAACCCGCAGCAUUAGGCAAAUCCGGACAAGAAAACAAGGGUUUAAAUCAUAAUCCAACCAAGAUUGAAGGAAGUGCUAGUUUGACUAUGCCACAGAUGGCUCCUCAAGCAGCAAGAGAUCAAAACUUUAGACCAUUCAUUACUCAAACUGCAACUGGAACUUUCCCAAGCAUGCACCAGCCGGUGCAAGGCAUGAACUUUGGACAAGCUCCUCCAUAUAUGAAUAAUCACAAUGAAAUAGCUCGAAUUGUUCAAAAGUUAUUACAACCAAGGCUUCCUGAGCAUCCUACUUGGACUCCUCCUUCUAGGGAGUACAUGAAUAAGGCUUUAACUUGCCAAAUGUGCAAACUUACCAUUAAUGAAGUGGAAACCGUGCUGCUUUGUGAUGCUUGCGAGAAAGGAUUUCACUUGAAAUGUUUGCAGUCAAACAAUCAGAAAGGAAUCCCUAGAGGUGAGUGGCACUGCACAAGGUGCUUGUCAUUUUGCAAUGGAAAGCCUUUGCCCCCUAAAUAUGGUCGUGUUAUGAGAAGUAUAAAUGCACCCAAAUUGACUUCUAGCACAGCUGAAGCUCAGUCAUCUCUAGAGAAAAAGGUGGGAAAUCAAGAUCCGAAGGUCAGUCCUAAGAAGGUAACAGCAAAUGGAAGCUCUGGUUUACAGACUCCUGCUGUGGCUGGUACAGUGGACAGCAACUCUGUCGAGUCAGCAUCCGAUUCUAAGAUUCCAAAAGGGACCUCUACGAAACCUUUGGAGGCUGUAUGUGAUUCUCUUUCUGUUGCCACAGUAAGUGAGAGACCUGAAGAGCAUUCUCAAAUGACUGAAUCAUCUACUCAUGAAGAUAUGAAAGAUCAUGCAUCAAUAUCACAGCCUCCUGAUACAUCAUCUAAUGCAAUCAGCAAUAAGGCUGAUCAUUCACAGCCUUCACACAUCUCACAAGAUGUCCAAACAUGGCAGCAAAACUGUGCUGAAGUUCCUUCGAAUAAUUGUCAUGAUGAAAGUUCUGGAGCAAAAGAUUUGGAGAAAGGCUGUUUGAAAGGAGAUAUUGACUGCAGCAGACGGGUUAAUCAAACCGAACAAGAUGCUUCACAAGCAAAUCCUGCUGGAAAUUCUGGAGCUAGUUAUGAGAUUUCAAGGCAUGCUGAGGUUUCUUCUGAUGGUUUGCAUGCUGUUGAAUGGACUAGUGAUGUACUUCAAGUUGCAGAUGGUAGAAAGUUUUAUCAGUCUUGUUGCAUUAAUGGCAUAACUUAUAAAGUGCAGGAUCAUGCUUUAGUUCAUUCUGGCCAGGACAAACUGAUACCGUCUAAGCUUCAGGCAAUGUGGGAGGAUGCUAAAACUGGGUCAAAGUGGGUGGUUGUGAAAAGGUGCUACUUUCCUAGCGACUUGCCAGAGGCUGUUGGACAUCCAUGUGCCCCUGAAAGCAGUGAAGUUUAUGAAUCUAAUAAUGAUAGCACUGUAAUGGCAACCUCAAUUCAAGGCCCAUGUGAAGUACUCCCUACUGCUAAAUUUAAGGACGAAAUUGAAAGGCGAAGUCAGUUAGGAAUUGAGGGAAAUGAAGGAUUAACAGCAAUAUUCUUGUGCAAAUGGCUCUAUGAUGAAUUCAAAGGAAGCUUUCAGCCUGUAUCAAGUUAAUAUAGUUAUGCAUCUGUUCAGUUAGCAUGACAUUACUUUUUGCUGUGGCAAAUAUUGUCUUCUUCUUGAUCAGGUAAACAUUGCAGUUGGGACCUGUGCACAUCUGAGGAUCAUCACUCAUGCCUUGUACCAUAUAUAGUCUUAGUGCUAGUUUUUCUUUCAUUUUUGGGCUAAAAGUCCUAGUGCUAGUUUUGUAUCAUAGCUUGAUUAACAAUUUAAAUUAAUAUCUUUCAAUGCAUUUCCAAAUUUUUUUAACCAUAUAGUGAAUCUGUUUCACCUUUAAA